CCUGGUACUGGCGCGCGCGUAGGUCAAUAGCGAAGUUUGUUUCGAUGAGUCUGAGGUUGAAAGCGGGGAUCGAGCCCACGGACCCAAACCCCGACAAUGAGAGUGGCGUGAAGAGACAGAGACAUAGGGUGGAUCUGCGGAACGGAAGCGAAAUCGUGUACAUGCCCAGCUUCUUGCCUUUCCAUCGGGCAUGGGAUUGCUUCCAUUACCUCAACGAUCACAUCCCUUGGACCAGACCCACCAUUCGCGUUUUCGGUCGCUCUUGCGUCCAGCCCAGAGACACAUGUUACAUUGCAAGUCCAGGGUUGCCGGACUUGGUUUACAGUGGAUACCAGCCACAUGCUUAUUCUUGGGAUGAUUUCCCUCAACUUAAGGAAAUCUUGGAUGCGGUCCACAAAGCUCUUCCUGGGAGUAGUUUUAAUAGCUUGCUCUUGAAUAGGUAUAGAGGUGGUAAUGACUACGUCGGUUGGCAUUCUGAUGACGAGAAGCUUUAUGGAUUGACCCCAGAAAUUGCUUCGGUAUCCUUUGGAUGUGAACGUGAAUUCAUAUUAAAGAAGAAACCCAGUAAGACAUCCCAUGUGUUGAAAAGCCAUGACGAAGAACCUGCAAGCAAGCGAUUAAAGAAGAGUAACCAUGCUGACAAGCACUCAUUCGCACUUAAGCAUGGAUCACUGUUGGUAAUGAGGGGCAACACUCAACGGGAUUGGAUCCACUCGGUGCCUAAGCGUACGAAAGUAGAGGCAACUCGUAUUAACCUCACCUUCAGGCAUGUUCUUUGAUGAGUCCGACCGGCUAAAAGAGAAUGGUUUUUAAUUGGGCUUUAGUCUGCUGGCCAGGUCUUGAAGAACCAGCUGUAACAAGGUACCUUGUAUUUUGUUAGGAGGUAGAAUGUGUAGUUUUCUUGACAACUUGAUACGCAUGUUAACAGGUUCAGGAUUUUCAAAAGCUUUUGGAAUAUGCAACAUUCAUUUGUGUAAAAGCCAUUGCAAUUAAGUUUGUCAGGUUUCUCAGUUGCCAA